AUGCAUGGAAGCGAACUGAAAACGUGUACUGGCGUUUGUAAUAAUAAUAAUAAUAAUAAAAAUUAUGAACAGUUCAGAAAAUUUAAAUCAAAUAAUGAUACAAUUAUGAAAAGAGAAAUGAUUAAUGGGGAUGGAAAGGAAUCAACAAUUUUAACAGACAAAAGUACAUAUUCUAAUGACAAUUAUAAGAAUAAUAUGAGCAAUACAAAAAAUUGUAACAAGAUAAGUUUAUUAAAGAAUAAUGAAGAAAUGUUUAAAUAUAAAAAUGAUAAGGAGAAGUGUAAUGAUGAAAAUAAUGAUAUAGGUGAUGAAAGUCAUGAUGAUUUAUAUAAUGAUAUGUAUAAUGAUGUGUAUAAAAAUAUACAUAAUGAUGAGUAUAAUAAUAUAAAUAAUGAUAUAUAUAAUAUAUAUAAUGACAAACGUUGUGAUGUGGAUAAAGUUCAGACAGAUAAAAAUGAUAAGAAUAAAAAGUUAAAAAAUGUUUUAAGCGGAAUAAGUUAUCAAAUGAAAAAUGCUAUGAAUGUAUUCGGAGAAGUAAAAGAACAUAUAAAGUAUACAGCUAGCGAAGCAAAAAAAAAUAUAAAUUAUCCUUUUUGUAAGGCACCAUGUAAUAUAGAAAAUUUAAGAAACACGAUAUUUAUAAAUGAAGAAGAGAUAGUAAUAAAUAAAAAUAUAUAUAAAAAUAUUUUCAAUAAGAAAAAUAUUGAAAAAGAACAACAAGAGCAAAAUAAGAAAGAGAAUGAAGAACUUUUUUCAUGUAAGAAAAGUGAUAUAAUAAUAAAAGGUAAUUAUAAUUUUGAUAUUGAUAUAGAAAUAGUAUAUGCAAAUGAACAAAAUAAGAUAGUAGUACAUGCAUAUGAUAAAGAAACCAAAAAAAAAAUACCAUGUACAUAUAAAUGGACACGUGUGUAUUAUAAUAAGGAAUGUGAAUUAAUUGAAAAAAAUGUAUAUCCUCAUAAAAAUGUAAUUUUAUAUGAUGAAAAUGAAAAUGAAUAUGAAUUAACAUGUGAAGAUAUCGGAACAAAAAUAUAUGUUGAAUGUUCAUGUAUAAAUAAUGAACAAAUAAAUGUCGAAAAUUUAUCUAAGUUUUAUAUAAAUGCUUCAACAAAUUCGGAGGGUUAUUGUUAUGAGGAUGGUAUUAUUAUUGAUAAAAAAAAAAUGGAACAUAAAAAUAAAUACAACAAUGAUUAUCAUCAGAAUAAUAGAAAUGAUUAUUAUGAUGAUCAUAUUGGUAAUGAUAAAUAUAAUAACGAUUCUAGUGGUUUAUCAUCACUAAAACAUUCUAUAAAAAAGAAUAAUAAAUGCAAUGAACAGGAGCAUUCAAAAAAUCAUCUUCUUGAAAAAAAAUCAAUGUAUUCAUUACAGACUUGUUAUAAUAAAAAUGGAAAGCAAAAAGACAACAUAAAUAAUAACAAUAAUAAUAAUAACAUAUAUAUGUAUAAAGAGGAUACACCUAUAAAAGACUUCUCAUCAGAUGCAUAUGCUUCAAAUGAAUCAUAUGUAUUAAAUAAAAACGCAUCAUCUAUAUUAAAUAAAAAUUCAUCAUCUACUACCGUUUCAAAUAAUGAGAAAAAUACUUAUAAUAAUAAAAAAUAUCACGGUGUAGCUAUAGGUGAAAUUGGACCUUUAAAUAUAAAUGAGAAAACUAAAAAAAUGUUAGAACGAAUUAUAGAAAAUGAUACGAUUAGAUAUCCCAUAUAUAUAAUAAAAAAGGUGUAUAACGAUGAAGAGACUUGUAAUGAUUUUCUGAAUAAUGACUACAUGAAUAAAAAUAAAAAAGAUGAUAGAUUAAAAAUAUAUAGUGAUUGUAAUAGUUUAGAUAGUUUUACUGUUAAUUCAAAUAUGGAGAGUGAAAAUGAUAUGGAUAUAUAUAUGUUAUAUAUACAUAAAAAUGAAAUAAAAAUAAUUGAUCAUAAUAAUAUGAGUCACAUGAACAAUGUUAAUAAUAAUAUUACGAGUGAUAUAAAAUCUAUGAAUACUAUAAAAAAAAAUAUGUGGACACAUAAAUUUCAUUACAUAUAUCCAUAUGUUCAUUUUAUGGGGACAAAACAUAAACAAAAUAAUCAAAAUGAUACAUUUCAAUUAUAUAUAAAUGAAAAUGAAUAUUAUAUAUGUAAAUGUUUAUAUAAAAGACAUAGAGAUUUAAUAGCUAUCAUAUUAAGAUAUAUGCAUGCAAACUUGUAUAUAAUAAAUGAUUAUAUUUUUAAUAAUAUAAAUCAAAAUUUUGAAAAAACAAGAGCUAAAAAUAUAUUUGAGAAUAUUGAUGUUAAUUAUAUAUUGCAAAAUAUAAAUAAAGAAUUAUUAAUAAAUCGUAAAAUAACUCAAAAAUGUUAUUUAAAAAUAAAUAAAUUGCAAAGUGAAAAAAAUAUGUUGGAAGAAGAGUUGAAGAGUACAAUACAGGCCUUUCAAUCUCAGCUAGAUAAUGUGAAAAAAUUCAAGGAUGAAAACGACCUUAUACAAACUAAUGAGAAGCUAAUGAAGGAGAUAAAAAUAUUGCAAGAGAAGUAUAGAAACGUCGAUUUGUUUUUUAAAAAUAAGUAUAAGGCAUUAAUAAGUGACAUAGAACGGUACAAAAAGUUAUUGGACGAAAAUAAAUCCAAGGUUAAUGAGGAAGAGUUGGAAAAGUUACAGUCAAAAUUGAAGACCCUAGAGAAAGAAAAGGAUAAUUUAUUAAAUGAAAACUCCCAAAUGUUCCAUAUAUACAAUGAAGAGAAAAAAAAUAAAACUGAGCUUGAAAAUAAGUUGAAAGGCUUAAGCAUAAAAUUAGAAACUUUAAACAAUUCUUUACAGGAAGAAAAAAUUCAAAGAAAUAUAAAUUUCGAAUCCUUAAAAGAGAUGGAAGAAUUAAAAAAACACAAUAAGGAUUUACAACAAAAAAAUGUAAAAAUUUCUGAUGAAAUGAAUUUAUUAAUUACUGAAAAAAACAGACUAACCAAAUUGGUAGAUUCCCUGACAAAAGAUAUAGAAAAGUCUAAAAUGAAUAAAAAUUUGAAGAGUACAGACAAGAAAACGGAUAUAGAUCAAGAUAAAGAAAAGUUACUUAAAGAAAUUUCGUCAUUAAAAGAUGAAAACGAAUUAUUAAAAAAAAGAAUAAAAAAGUUUGCAAAAAUAAGUACCAUCACAACUUAA